AUGGACUACCACCUACCAAAAGGCCUCCACAUCAUCCCCGACCAUCUCCUCGACCGCAGACCAGACACAGAAGUCGACACCGAUCUUCUCAACCCUUGCGAAAUCAAAGAUGACAAGAACAUUUGGUUCUUCUGGCACCAAGGCUUCGAAAACAUGCACCCCUACACCCAACGCAACGUCCGAGCCUGGCACAGACGGCUCGCUCCCCAAGGCUGGACAAUCCGCGUCACAAACCGCGUCCCGGGCUCAGCAUUGAACAUCGACCAAUUCCUAGAUACGCAAGACCCUAGCACGUUUCCCGAAGCUUUCAUCAACGGCACGAUAGGCGGCGACUACGCGCCUCAGCAUACGUCGGAUCUUGUGCGGUUUCCGUUGUUGGUGAAGUAUGGGGCUGUGUAUGCGGAUGUGGGGAUGAUUCAGAUUGGCGAUUUGGAGCGGAUGUGGAAUUGUACUGUUGGGGAUCCUGCUUCGCCGUAUGAGGUGCUGUCGUAUAGCAUGGGAACGGCCCAGGAUAGGGCACUGACGAACUACUUCCUCUGCUCAGCACGCGAUAAUCCCUUCUUCUCGCGCUGUCAUCAACUCCUCCUGAAGAUCUGGGAGGGCAAAACUGGCACAGAAGGUUUACACGCACACCCUCUCCUCAGGGGCCUCAAAUUACAAGGCGCCAAUGCAGGUUUCUCCUUCAAAGAAGGCUCCAAGAUCUACACCCCCGACGAAGUCAGCAAGAUGCUCACCGACUACAUAAUCCAAGGCCAAGUAAUGACCAUGGUCCUGGGCCUCCUCGACGCCGAAACCAAGUGGAACGGACCACAAUACUGCGCAGAACACGUCUACGCGAUCGACUACAUGACCGGGUCGCAGCUGAUCAACGAACUCACGGCGUGGGAUGGUGAGGAGGCGUUUCGCCUCAUGUCGUUGCCGCUGCCGCGGGAGGGGGAAGAGGAGGGUGAGGAUCAGAGGAAGGCGAGGUGUAUUGUGGAGCGGUGUCUGCGGGAGAGUUUUGGGUUUAAGUUGGCGCAUGGUUUGAUUCUUAGGGUGCUAGGGCAGACGCUUGGGAGCUUGUGGCGGAGGCAUGAGGGGUCUGAUGUGGUGGGGGGGACGUAUGCGGCUUGGUUUAGACAUGGCGUGGUGUAUUGGAAUCAGGAUGAGGUGCCUGGGAGGCAGGAGUGGGGGGUUGUUGCGCCGGUUAAGGUUGGUCCGCUGUUGAGAGAGGUAUGA